AUGCGGUCGGCCAAAAAGAGCCGGCUGGUGAGUUCUUGCCAUGAUGAUAACAACAACAACAGCGGCAAUAACAACGUGCCGCAGAGCAUUGAUGUAUCAUCCUGUGGCUCAUCCGACGGGGGAUCGCCGCGUCGCCGGCUAGAACUCGAUGACGAAGGCAGCCAGAGUCUGUCUUUUGAUCCCAACAAAGUCGCCGCUAUUGGGGUUGGCGACGUGCACUACGAUCCUGGCGAUCAUACCGUCGCAAUGCCACUUGGCAGACCCUCAAGCCACAUGAUGGUGCUGCCGCGCAUACUUCUCGGGGGUGCUGAAGCAAGCGGCAGUGACAAGGAGGACCACGGGGUGCACGCCGGUUGCACAGCCGUCUCAGAGAUGGACUGGCAGCGGUCGCCUUCCGCGGGUCUCACCAGCGCGGCCGCCGUCGGUGCCUCACCCGACUCCGCGGUGCGAAUGCCCGCUGUUUCGCAGAGGGCCGUGCCGCCUCUUACUUCUGCUACUGCGCUCCGCCCAGGCUGUGCGUUUAUACGGCUGCCGCAUCCGCGUCAUGGCGAACCGGGGCUGUUCUUAUGUCCACCAGCCACAGACAGCGCACCUAGCAACCACAACGACGGCAACAGUAACGACGGCGGUGGAGAUUCGAUUGCCGAAGCAACGACAGUGGUGCUAUAUGAAGUACAAGCGCAGGCCCCACCCGGUGGGUUCGGUCAGACGUGGCUCAUAGACGAAGCGGUGGAGCCGAACGAGGAUCUUCUCGUCGUGACGCCAUUUGAUGUCACGUUCUUUGUCCUUCGCCAAGCGGCCACGCAUGCCAUGAAGGAUAAAUUUGUGUCUGCUGAGGAUCUUAUCAUGGGCGCAAGCCGAGGCGGUGGAGGUGGACGUGGUGCAGAGUGGCCAGGGUGGGGCGUGGCGGUGGCACAGUGUCCCGCUUUGGCUCCGGCGGUUGCGAUGAUGCAGUCACAUGCAGUGCUCGCACGCAUCUGCGAGUUCAAGUCGGUGGGCGGCGAUCAAUACUAUCGCUUCAGCGAGGAUAAGGUGGGAGCGUGGCUUCGGAAGAAGGUACAGCAGGUGGCGAGCUGCCCCGCUCUCCGAGACUUGCUGCAGCUAGGCACAGAGACUGCGACCACGAAUGGCGAUGGUGACGGCGCGCCGAACACUGUGCCGCUGCCUGUGGCCUUCGGUGUGGUGGCGGAGUAUGUGGUGGAGGAGGUGGCCGCCAAGGCCGCGCAGCUCUGCGGCGCGGCAGACGCGGGCAGCUGA